AUGGAAGAAGAAAGAAACAGGUUAUCCUCAGGUGGUAUACACGAUCUGCAAAAGACACCUACUUGGGCGGUAGCUACCAUUUGCUUCCUCCUCAUACUCCUCUCCAUAAUCCUUGAACAAUCUUUGCAUUUCAUUACCCACUGGCUCAGGAAGCAUAAAAUGAAAUCACUGGAGGAGGCUGUGGAGAAGCUUAAAUCAGAGCUGAUGCUGUUAGGUUUCAUUUCACUUAUAUUAGCAGCACUGCAAGGACCCAUCUCCAAUAUCUACAUACCCAGUAAAUAUACAAAAUCCAUGCUUCCAUGCCGCAGUGAUGAUGAUGAUGAUGAUAAUCAGAAGAAACUCAGGGAGAACACCACUCAUCAUUUAAACAUUAAUAAGGAGAAUGGAAUGGUUUCUCUGGUGUCUAAAGAAGGGGUACACCAACUACACAUCUUCAUCUUUGUAUUAGCAUCCACACAACUUGUUUUCAGUCUGCUCAUCAUGGCCCUCGGAAGGGCAAAGAUGAGUUGUUGGAAAGCUUGGGAAGAAGAGACUCAAUCGAUCUCUUACCAAGUGAACUAUGAUCCUCAACGCUUCAGAUUAACACGAGACACUACAUUCGUGAGACGACAUUUGCGUACAAAAUCAACACUACUUCUCUGGAUUAAAUGUUUCUUCCGCCAAUUCUUCCACUCUGUAGAAAAAGUCGAUUAUCUCACAUUGCGUCAUGGCUUCAUCAAAGCACAUAUGCCCAACAACAACAAUUUUAAUUUCCAAAAUUACCUACAGCGAUCCUUGGAGGAUGAUUUCAAGGUAGUAGUGGGAAUCAGCCCCCCUCUGUGGUUGGUUGUUGUUAUCCUCCUGCUAGCUGAUGUGAAUGGAUUGCAUUUAUAUGUUUGGAUAGCCUAUUUUCCACUAAUAAUAGUACUAGUUCUUGGAACCAAGCUCGAAGUUGUUUUAUCAAGAAUGGCUCUGCAACUCAAAAACCUGUCUCAUGUAACCAAAGGAGCACCAGAGGUGCAACCUGAUGACAAUCUUUUCUGGUUCAGUAAACCCAGAUUUGUUUUGAGUCUUCUACACUUCAUCAUGGUCAUGAAUGCGUUUGAGCUUGCUUUCUUUCUCUGGGCAUCGUGGCAAUUUGGGUUGAAAACUUGUUACCAUGAGAACGUAGGGAGCGCAGUCGCAAGAGUGGUAUCAGCGAUGAUUGUGCAAAUCAUUUGCAGCUACGUUACACUUCCAAUCUAUGCCCUUGUAACACAGAUGGGUUCCCAGUACAAGAGUAGUGCAGCUCUAGGAGAGCAAAUCAUAGAAUCAAUACUGCGAUGGUAUGCAAGGGUGAAGAAGAAUAAACAACAAUCAUCAUCAAAUCAACCUCUAUUAAGUCGUCCUGACUCUGAAAUUGAGAGCAGCAGGAAAACUAGUCCUAUGGAAAUUUCUUCUUCACCUACAGCACAACCCACAGUGACACUUGCAGAAAUUAUGUCAUCUCCUUGUGAUGAAAUCAGUGAAAUCAAAGAGGCCAAUGUUCCUACUGGGGAGGUAGUAGUAGAAUUGUCGGCUUUGGAAUCGAAGAGGAAGAAUUGA